AUCUGGACCAGCAGCAGUAUUUCUAUUUUAACUCAGUGAGGAUUGAACAGCCAUUGUUGGAGAAGGAGGCACGCGUAUUUUAGAUAAAGCAAAAUUUUAAUGUGAUGCAUUCAACUUCCCUGGAUUUAGACAAUACAUUUUUUUUAGGAAAUGAGGAACUAGAUAAGGAAGUAGCUUUUGGAGGGAAACUGCAAAGGCCUCACCUCAAGGCCUCACCUGAGAUCUCAAAAAGGAGUUUAAAUCUUUUAACUGAGGAGUCACAAACUGGCUCAGCAGACUUUUCAACUUCGUUCACUGACUUCACUCAGAUGUGCAACUUUAAGACACGAAGCAGCCGAGCCGCUGAGCUUUAUCCCGACGCCAGCCCUCUCACCUCCCCGCCGGUAGCGCCCCCCCCUCACCAGAUAUCAAGCCGCCCAGCAGCCGCUCCACCCUGCCAAGAUGUCCAAAGACGCGGAGGGGAAGAGCGAGAGAAUCAUGGAGGUGGAGGGCAAGGUGCUGUGGUACCCGGACUCCAAGAGGAACACGCAGAUGGACACGUUCAGGACACAGGUCAACGGGAACUACGGGCUUAAUCUGGUUAACUACAGUGACCUGUACCAGUGGUCGGUGGAGAGCUACCCAGAGUUCUGGGGGGAGGUGUGGCGCUUCUGUGGAGUCGUCAGCUCCAAACCGUACGAGGAGGUGGUGGACGCAUCCAAACGGAUCUCAGAUGUUCCAGAGUGGUUCAAAGGGGCUCGACUCAACUACGCUGAGAACCUGCUCAAACAUGCAGACCAGGACAAAGUGGCUCUCUACGCUGCAAGGGAGGCAAAUGACGAGAUUGUGAAGGUGACGUUUGGAGAGCUCAGGCGUGACGUGGCAGUGUUUGCUGCAGCCAUGAGGAAGAUGGGUGUCCAGAUUGGAGACAGGGUUGUAGGCUACCUGCCCAAUGGUAUCCAUGCACUGGAGGCCAUGUUGGCCGCCGCCAGCAUCGGAGCCAUUUGGAGCUCCACCUCUGUCGACUUUGGAGUCAAUGGUGUCCUUGACAGGUUUUCUCAAAUCCAGCCCAAACUCAUCUUCUCCGUGGCCGCCGUGGUUUACAACGGCAAAACACACGACCACAUGGAAAAGCUGAUUAGUGUCGUCAAAGGUUUGCCUGACCUGAAGAAAGUGGUUGUGAUCCCCUAUGCUCGGUCCAAACACGAGACUGACCUCUCCAAGAUCCCCAACAGUGUAUUUAUAGACGAUUUCUUGGCGUCCGGACGAGGUGACGGCGACCAGCUUCCUCAGCUGGAGUUUGAGCAGCUUCCGUUCAAUCAUCCUCUGCUCAUCAUGUACUCGUCUGGAACCACAGGAGCUCCUAAAUGCAUGGUGCAUUCUGCCGGGGGCACGCUCAUCCAACACUUGAAGGAACACAUCAUCCAUGGCAAUAUGACCAGCAGUGAUGUCAUCAUUUACUACACAACGACUGGCUGGAUGAUGUGGAACUGGCUGGUGUCGGCUCUGGCAACGGGAGCCUCAGUGGUUUUGUACGACGGUUCACCACUGAUGCCCACACCUGAUGUACUGUGGAACCUGACGGACCAGCUGGGCAUCACCAUCUUUGGUACUGGGGCCAAGUGGCUGUCUGUGCUGCAGGAGAAGAACCUGAAACCCGCGGAAACACACAACCUCCAGUCUCUGCACACCAUCCUGUCAACUGGAUCUCCUCUCAAACCUCAGAGCUACGACUACGUCUACCGCUGCAUCAAGAGCAACGUGCUGCUGGGCUCCAUCUCAGGUGGCACUGACAUAGUGUCAUGUUUCAUGGGUCAGAACCCAACAGUUCCAGUGUAUCGGGGCGAGAUCCAAGCAAGAAACCUCGGCAUGCCUGUGGAAGCCUGGAGCCUUGAUGGUAAGCCUGUGUGGGGAGAAAGUGGGGAGCUUGUCUGCUUAAAGCCGAUCCCCUGUCAGCCAACACACUUCUGGAAUGACGAGAAUGGGAGCAAAUACCACAAAGCUUACUUUUCUUCGUUCGCUGGUGUAUGGGCUCAUGGAGACUAUUGUAAAAUCAACCCACAGACCGGAGGCGUCAUCAUGCUGGGCAGGAGCGAUGGUACGCUGAACCCCAACGGAGUCCGAUUUGGCAGCUCAGAGCUCUACAACAUCGUGGAGGCUUUUGAGGAAGUGUCAGACAGUCUGUGCGUUCCUCAGUACAGCGCAGAUGGAGAAGAGCGAGUUAUUUUGUUCUUGAAGAUGGCACCUGGUAAGCCCUUCUGUCCGGAGUUGGUGGCGAGGAUUAAGGGAGCCAUCAGAAAAGCUUUGUCUGCUCGACACGUCCCUGCGCUGCUGCUGGAGACCCGAGACAUUCCGUACACCAUCAGCGGGAAGAAGGUGGAGGUGGCUGUGAAGCAGGUGAUCGCCGGCCGGGAGGUGACGCAGAGAGGAGCUUUCUCCAACCCUGAUUCACUGGACCUUUACAAGAACAUUCCUGAGCUGCAAAACUUCUAGAGAUGAGGCGUCGCAGAGGUGGAGAGAAGAACCAACCGGCGAGAAUUGAGCUUAGUUUUUAAAUUAUCUACAUCUGAAUCUGCAGGUACUGGGAGACGUGCAAAGUUCAGUGAAAGGGUGGUUUACAAAGGCGCCCUGAGCAUUUGUACAGGGAACAAAAACAAAAAAAAUUGUAUUUCAAAAUGAUAUGGUACAAAUUAUUUGUAUAUAUAAUAAUACGUUUACGGUAUCAGGCUGACAAAAAACCAUGAGGCGCACUGCUACAAUCACGAGAUCAAACAGCCGCUCUUUGUCUGUCGUGCAGUUAAAUGUUGUCGUGGAUUCAGCUUUUGGUUUAAUAUAACAUAACUUAUGCUCUGAAGCCACAGAUGACGGAGUCGUGAAAUUCAGCUUGAAGCGCUUUUCUUCGGCUCCAAACUCUGAUUGUUGUCAGCCGGUGAUGAACCUCAGAACAUCUCUGUGUCACCUGCUCUGACCCCGGUGAUGGUUCCUGCGUGGGUCCCAGGCGUCUCCGCUCUGCAGAUAAACAUCUGGGAUCACCACAUCCUCGUUAUGCGUUUCUUUAUAACAUGUAUAUAUGAAUAUAUAUUUUUUGGACUGUGAAACCUGAUAAAUAUGCAUUUAGAGAUGGUGACCUAAAACUGUUAGUUAUUCACAGAUUCGAGUCCCAACGUGCCACAAGAUGCAGAAUGUCCCAAUUCAGGGGCCAAUCUCCUUCCGAGGAUGCGGUGUACGCAGCCCAUGUAGGAGGCGGCCUUCCCGGGCUGUGCAGACCGCGAACGUCAGACUGAAAGAAAACGGUUUUGCUUAUGGAGGGUUUCCGUAAUUUGCGUUAUCGCCUUGUCCCACCUUUUUCGCUGUCGCCUGUGCUGCGUAGUCUGCGAAAGGUCGAACCGAAAUGAAAUGGUCUGGUCUACGGAGGAUUUCCGUAAUUUUCAUAACCGACUUGUCCCACCCCUAGCGCUGUCACCUAGCAACAAAGCUACAGUUGGACACAAUAAGUUUAAAUGCCCCUUUGUUUUUUUAGCACUUGCACCAUUAGUUGUUUAGUUGGAGCCUGAUUCUUACAUUUUUAAUGUGUAAGAAUCUGACAUUUUGGUCUUGUCGCUUGCCGUCAGCAUUAUCUUUUUGAAAAAUAGUUCAUCACCAAAGUGCAAUGAAUCGUGGGAUAGGACGGGGCCGAGGGAUCCACCAAUUGGAGCCUUCAUUGCUCGGGAGUGGAAGGACACAUUCGUCUGCCGCAUUUGAAGGAUCCUACGACUGUGAUGCAAUCGGCCCCUGAGUUGGGACACAGUUAGAUUCAAAUAACCAGAGAUUCUAUAUGAAUCAAAACUUACAGAUGAUUUAACCCAAACUAAAAAACACGAUUGACCUCUUGUGUUUCACAAACUCAAACGUAACCGUCAUCUGACUGUAAUCUUGAUUCCAUUUCAUUCGGGCCAAGACAUUACAACAUGAAGAUUUUUUUUUUUUUUGUUCGGUUUUAUUUACAUUAUCCCUCAUUUACGACAGUUAGUGAAGAUCAAGUGAAAUCAAGUUCAGCGAAUGUUCGCAUCACCACAAAAGCCUGUAUUUAUUAGUUCCAUGUCGAUGUUGUCAUCACCCUCGUCAGACUGCAGCAGUUCCGCCUGGUUUUUGUGUUUGUAUAAUGUGGAAAUUAUUUAUUCAGUAUUUUCUCAUGCUGUGUUACAAAAGCUAAAGGCCAAUUAAUGCUGUUAAACAUGAACUGGGGUGGUUUUGUUCAUAAGUCGCACUACAGAGCAACGUGGGUUUUAAAUAACAUUUAUUUCCUGUUGGGAUGAAAAGAAAUAACCUGACCAGAAUGUGAACUGUGGAGAAAUCACAGGUUCAAGUGUCAGAGGAUGUUUGAUUUUCUUUUUUUUUUCUUUAAAGGAUUUUUUUAGGUUUAUGAUUCAGUCUUUGUAACUCGGGUUAUUUUAAAGAAAUGAAUGUAAACAAAGUAACUGGAAAACUCUGCAGUUCGUCUUUAAUGUCAUUCUAACUGCUUAGAUUAAAUACAUUUCAUCGUUUAAAGUGACCCUGUGAAGUUUUUGACCACUAGGGUCGCUGUGGAGCAAUCUGAAUCACUCAUACAGAGAUGCAAUACAUAUUCCUGCCAUUGGUGUCACAUUAUAAGAUUUUCAAGUGUUUAUGAGGUUAGAAAUAAAUGUAUGAUGUUCCUGAGUGUCAAGGAAACAAACAGAACUCAAAUUGUAGUAGUUCAGAAGUCGUAGGGUCAUAAUUCAUAAACUGUACACUUUGCACUUUACUGCAGUUUAUGGUGAAAUCUGGUGAAACCUGGCAGAUGUACGUUUUCCAUUCUGUAGUAUGCAUGCAGGAUUUUUUUCUGUAGGAAAUGUUUUAAUUCACUUGAAUAAAAAGUUUGCUA